GCGGCCGCACGGGCACCUCCGAACCCCCGGGCGUCGGGAGGCGUCGGCGCUACCGCCGACCGGCGGCGGGUCCCGGGUUGCGACCCGGCCAGAGCGAAAAGGCGACGACACCAUGUUCUCCCUCAGGCCUCCCAGACCCACCUUCAGGUCCUACCUCCUGCCGCCGCCCCAGACUGACGAUAAGAUUAAUUCGGAACCGAAGAUUAAAAAACUGGAGCCAGUCCUUUUGCCAGGAGAAAUUGUCGUAAAUGAAGUCAAUUUUGUGAGAAAAUGCAUUGCAACGGACACAAGUCAGUACGAUCUGUGGGGAAAGCUGAUCUGCAGUAACUUCAAAAUUUCCUUUAUUACGGAUGACCCGCUGCCGUUACAGGUGUGUGUUAUUUGUGUGCUGUUUUAUUGGAUCAAGGAUUUGACUCUGAGCGGGUUCAUGAACUUCCGUGAUUAUUCUUCCCUUUCUCUUUUCAGGGCAUUCCUUAAACAUUCAGUAGAGCUCGUGUACGUUCUAGAAAGCCGACAUCUCUCCGUCAUCCUACAAGAGGAGGAGGGAAGAGACUUGAGCUGUAUUGUAGCUUCUCUUGUUCAAGUGAUGCUGGAUCCCCAUUUUAGGACAAUUACAGGAUUUCAGAGUCUGAUCCAGAAGGAGUGGGUCAUGGCCGGAUAUCAGUUCCUAGACAGAUGCAACCACUUAAAGAGAUCCGAGAAAGAGUGUCCCUUAUUUCUGCUGUUCUUGGAUGCCACGUGGCAGCUCCUGGAACAGUACCCGGCGGCCUUCGAGUUCUCGGAGACGUACUUAGCAGUGCUGUACGACAGCACCCGCAUCUCCCUCUUCGGCACCUUCCUCUUCAACUCUCCUCACCAGCGGGUGAAACAAAGCACGGAAUUUGCUAUCAGCAAGAAUAUCCAGUUGGGUGAUGAAAAGGGUCUAAAAUUCCCCUCGGUUUGGGACUGGUCUCUCCAGUUCACAGCGAAGGACCGCACCCUUUUCCAUAACCCCUUGUACAUCGGGAAGAGCACGCCCUGCGUCCAGAACGGUUCUGUGAAAUCUUUCAAACGGACAAAGAAAAGCUACAGCUCCACGCUGAGAGGAAUGCCGGCUGCCUUCAAGAACGGCGUCCUCGGCGACCAAGACUUAGUCCCCAGGAGAAAUUCGUUAAUCCUACCAGCAAAGCCCGAGCCCCCUCAGCACCCCGACAGCCGGCAGAGCGGGCUGGAGCGCUACUUCACCGAGUGGUGCUCCAGACCGGCCGACCUGCACGGCGUCCUUCUGCCGCACGUGUCCGGGCCGCGCGUGAAGCUCUGGAAACUCUGCUACUUCCGCUGGCUGCCGGAGGCGCAGAUCAAGCUCGGCGGCUUCAUCACUGCCUUUCACAAGCUCUCCGUGCUGGCCGACGAGGUGGACGCGCUCAGCAGGACGCUGCGGCAGCCCCGGGCCGGCCCCCCGCAAGCCUGCUCUCCGGGGCUGGACAAGAGCAGGAUGUACUUCCGGGCCGGCGGCCCGCACGACGCCUCGGGGACGCCGGACUUCCUCUCCUCCUCCUUUCCCUUCUCCCCCGUAGGCAACCUGUGCAGGCGAAGCAUUUCGGGAACGCCACUAAGCAAAUUUUUAAGUGGGGCCAAAAUAUGGUUAUCUACUGAGACACUAGUAAAUGAAGACUGAAGGGUCCUAUUUGCUGAACGUUUGGAGGGAAGCCACAGACUUCUCCUCUGAAUUAAAAUUGCUAACCUAGGCAUUUGAGGCUCUAAGAAUUUUCUAUGUCAGAAUAACAGUGGAAAUUUGCACUAAUAUUUGGAAACCUGUUGAAUUAGGCUUCCUUCGUAAUUUUUUUUUUUUAGAAACAGGCAGAACUUCUCUUUUUGAUGGCCUCUUUUUGCCAUUGCAGGUCUGGCCAGUUGUAGGUGAUCUGGAGGCAGACCUUCCCCCACUCUUACUACUGUGAGCAAACCAGUUAACAGGAAAGUUCGGAAAUUAGUGUGUAGUAGAUUUUCAAGAUGCAUCCGGUAAGCUCCCCGCACAGGCGUUAGGAGGUAUUCAUAGAUUUUUCCGGUCACUGUCCGUUCUCUGCGAUCACCUGAGGGCUCAGUAUUUCCAAGGCCAUAAUUUAUUGUAGAUCACCUUGUUUGGGACCGUAGAUCACUGUGUUUUAAAAUCCUGAGUUUGCUUUCACCUUCAUAGGACUAAUAUGCACGGUUGACUUCGAAAGCAUUUGCUGUAGAUAAUACCAACUUAGAAGUGCCUUUGACAUUAAUAUUAAUUAAGGUACGCAUUAACACAAAGUAAACCACAGUUGCAGUUUUUAAAAUAAGGGUGUUAAAAGCCUGCAUAUUGGAAACAGGCUUUUCGCCUCGGAGCUUCCUGCCGGUAGCCAGGAGUCCCCCAGAGCACAUUGCCUUCCCUCUGAGAGUCAGCGAGGACAAGCGGGCGUGGGGGGGGCGGGGGUCCGCGUUGGUGGGACCGCAGCCGGGGAGAGUGCUGUCCGCCAAAACCCUCCCGCAGAAAGAGCCCGCUUGCUCCCGGGGGGCGUUUGGGGCGUCGCCGUCUAUGCCCAGGGUGGUAGGCGGUCGCGGACACUUGCCCUUGGAGAUCACUAAGGCGGCCGUGAGUCCGCUCGCCUGUGCGGAAGGCCCUCCUCCCCCCGACGAAGUGCCUGGCGGCGCCGUAGAGCCAACAGGGCAAAUGACAGUGCACUUCUCUCAAAAGACCGCCAUUUCCGUGUGGAGAGAAGCCCCCCGCCCCCCGGCCUCUGCCAGCCGUGCGGAGAGGGAGAAGCGCGCACACAGGUGUGUGGGGGUCACCCCGUGGGACCGGAAGCGAGCGAGCGCUGCGGGCUCCUUACGGCAGUGGCCUUCACCGCUCCCUCCGAUGCGCGCCCCCAGGCCCUGUUGACAGGUGGAUGUUUUCAAAUUGGGCUGUUACUUAGAGUUUCUUCAUUAAACUGCCGUCUUAAGCUUUACAGAAGUUUUGCAGUGAAGUGGUUAAUCUUUUCUAAAACAAGUUUUUUCAGAGCAGUGUCUUACUGUCACGUGUAAUGAAUAGCUGUUUCUGUUUGAAUUAUUCACCUUUUUAAGAUUGAUGUCUCUGGACUUUGAGGACAGAAGUUUUCAUAAAAUGUCUUCGGAAAUUCAUCUGUGAAUAAGCCCAAUGUUUUUGCCAACCUAGGCCUAGAAAGUCGGGGCUUUUCUCAGUAGCACUGUUACUAUAAACGUUUUAUAGUCCCUGAUUGGAAACCAGUCCCAGGCCCCUUAAAAUCCCACAGCGUAUCCUGCCACAGAAAGUGUCAUAAUUCUCCCUUUUUGAUUAAGCUGCCUUUUUAUUAUUACAAAUUAUUCUAAACUGGGGGGUUUUGGAGAGGGAUUGUUGAGCAUUUGUAUCUUUAUACUUCUCUUUCCUCACACAUUUAUCUCAACUCCUUGAGCAAUUUUUUUGUUAAUUUACAAGUUUAAAGGAGAUUAGGUACUAUCAAUACUGUUUUAAAAUAGAAAAUGUGCAUAUUUUUGUAUGAUAAUCAAACGUAGUAAAAUACGGUUUUUCGUUUUA